AUGUUUGUGUUCGACCUCUCUAUUUUCCGCCCCCAAUGCGCUUUGGAGUUUCCCUACUUCUGGAAGUGGCUAUUCCACUGGGCGCUGUUCUUCGUGAUGAUUGUGCUUCUCUUGGUCAUCAUGCUGGCCAUUGGCCGCAACCAUAAGAAUGCACAGCACGACUGGAAAUAUAUCAGCAAGAAGCAAGCCUUGUUGUCGAUGUUCUCAGCCUCUCUGUUGCUCUUUACCCUGGUCCACCUACGAGACGACCUCAUCUUUGCUCAGUGCAUCGCCUGUGAAGAUGACAAGUUCUGUCUGGCCGAGCAGCCAGUGAUCUAUUGCGACAUGGCCGACUCCGUCCUUUGGUCGCAGCGGGCGAUGGCAGUGCUGUCCGUCAUGGAUCUCUUCCUGGUGAUCGGGUCCACAGUGCCGAUUUUGGCCAUCACCAUCUACAAGAGCUGGAAAUGGCAGCAUGGGGACGAGAUCGCCUUGUCCUCGGACUUCUUGGCCCCAUGGUACGUCUACAUUUCAGAGAUGCUUGUGGAGCGACACAUUGGAUAUAUCAAGGAAGUUCGAGAGGCGGUCCCAGAAUUUGAGCAAGCCUACAAGGAUUUGCAUACGGAUGGCAUGCGUCAGGAGGUGUGGAGCAAGGCCAUUGAUAUCAUCUUGGCCCACGAAGCGGAAAAGGCCGAAGUGUUCCUGCGGCGGAUGAUUCGACAUUUGUACAACCACAACCCUCGAUUCAAUGUCAUCGACGAGGAUUCAGGUCCAACCUUCGCCUUGAUCCGCGCCAUUUUGAGGAGUGAUGAAGAAGAAGAAAACGAAACAGGUGUCCCGAAGGAGGAAUCAGCGGUCGAAAGCCUCAAGGCUGCAGACAUUCAUCACAUCACGAUCACCCUGAACAACUUGUUGGACACUGCCAGGUGGACCAUUCCGGGACUUCGAGUGAUCAAGCGAUGGCUCGGCUACAGUUGGAGCCUGGUCUUGCUGAUCGUCCGUUUCGCCAUCCUGACCUUUGCCAUGCUCAUGCCGCGCGACAGAGAGGCCACGGUGCCGUUGGCCUACGUCAUCACCAAGUUGGUGUCACUGGUGAUGGAGGCGGCCUUGGCGCCUUAUCAAUGGACUUACUUGAACGAUUGGGCCUCUCGCCUUGCAAAGUGGGGCAAAGGUGAGGCCGAAAAACAGAUGCGGAAACUUCUGAAAGGUUUGGCCAAGAAUCAAGCUGAAGUGAUCUUUGGGAUCCUUCAGCUCUGUGGUGACCGACGGGUUCGUUUAGACGCGCGGCAAUAUACGCUUGGAAUUACAUCCUGUGGCAGCAAGAGUCUCUGGCAACAUGCAUGCAGUCUCUUUGCUGCCAUGCCCACUGCGCAGGUGGCACAAAAUGUUAUCAGUUACAAUGCACUGCUGAAUUCACUGGAGAAGGGAGCUCAAUGGUAUCAUAGCUUGCGGCUCUUCAAAUCCAUGGCCUCAAGUCAUUCAAGUCAUCAGCCGGAUGUCAUCAGUUACACCGCGGCCAUCAUUUCCUGUGAGAAGGGUCAGCAGUGGCAGCACGCCUUGCAACUCUUCUUCGCCAUGCCCAAGAUGUCACUGCGUCCGAAUGUCUUCAGCUACUGCGCCCUGAUUUCGUGCCUGAAGGAAGCCAAGAAAUGGCAGCAGGCCCUGGUUACUUUCCAAACGAUGCCUAUGACGGAGGUGGUUCCCAAUGUGGUUAGCUUCAAUGCCACCAUCAGUGCAUGUGAAAAGGUGGCUGAGUGGCAGCAAGCCUUCAGCAUCUUCUCGCAGAUGCCCCAAGAUCUGCCAGACGUGGUCAGCUACAGCACCUUGAUCAGUUCGUGUGGCCGUGCUGGCAAUUGGCAGCAGGCCCUGAGGAUUUUUGCAGAUAUGUCUAAGGUCAGGGUUCAGGCGAACAUUUUCAGCUUCAAUGCAAUCAUCAGUUCCUGUGAGAAAGAUGGCAAGUGGCAACAGGGCCUAUCUUUCUUCGAUCAGAUGUCGAAGCUGGAAAUAUCGCCAGAUAUUAUCAGCUACAACGCCGUCAUCAGCGCGUGUGAGAAAGGCGGACAAUGGCAGCAAGCCCUGCAGAUCUUCGAGGCCAUGCCCAAGAUGAAGACCCAAGCGGACAUCAUCAGCUACAACGCAGUGAUCAGUUCCUGUGAGAAGUUUGGCAAAUGGCAACACGCCCUGUGGGCGUUCUCAGCUAUGGGCCUUGCAAAGGUUGACCCAGAUUUGGUCACUUAUAGUGCAGCCGUUAGUUCCUGCGAGAAGGCUGUGCGAUGGAAACUGGCCUUGUUCCUUUUGGGAACCAUGCCGCGGAGCAGCUGAAGAUCCAAGCCCGAAGGUCAAAGAUUUUGACCGCCAAAUGUGCCCUUUUUUUUUUCGCUAGUGAGGAACUGAAGCGUUUCAUAUGCUAAAGCUAGUAGCAUCACAAGAGCAUCUGGAUGCCUUUUGUCCCUCCGAAACUCAAAACGGAGUGGCCAGUUGGUCACUUCAACGAGUUUUUCUUGAUGCUCAAGACUCUGCAAGAUGAUCG